UGGCAGAGCAAGAAUACCUCGAAAGAAAUAUGGGUCGACAAUGUUGCGCUGCAGCCAUUCUUGAAGAAGCAAUGGCGGUUUCACCAAGAUAAAAGCAUAGAGAAGGUACGGAAGAGCAGAGUGAGGUUCCAGAUAACUUAUGCGAAGAAAAGAGGACUCGCGGUCAGAGGAGCCAAAUUUCUUGUCAAACAAACCAAGCCAGGCUUCCCAUUCGGGUGCAGUAUGAACUUCCACAUCCUCGAGAGCACUGAUUAUCAAAACUGGUUCGCUUCGAGGUUCAGGUACACCACUUUCACCAACGCAAUGAAGUGGUACAGCACAGGAGAGAACUACACAAUAGCUGACGCAAUGGUGAAGUUCUCGCAAGAUAACGGCAUUUCGAUCCAAGGCCACAAUGUUUUCUGGGACGAUCCCAAGUACCAGCCCGAUUGGGUCAAGGCCCUGUCACCUGAGGACCUGCGAAAAGCAGCAGAGAAGAGGAUCAAUUCGGUUGUCUCCAGAUAUGCAGGACAACUGAUUGCUUGGGAUGUGGUCAAUGAGAACCUGCACUUCAGCUUUUUCGAGGACAAACUCGGGAAAAACGCUUCCUCGAUAUAUUACUCGACAGCAUACAAACUCGAUCCAACCCCAAGGAUGUUCUUGAAUGAGUACAACACCAUUGAGUACUGUGGGGACGAGAAGGUGAGCCCGGGGAACUACAAGAAGAGGCUCAAGGAGAUAUUUUCGUACCCCGGAAACGAAGAUAUCCCGGGAAUAGGAGUACAAGGCCAUUUUGGCCCUGGUCAGCCAAAUUUGGCUUACAUGAGAUCUAGUUUGGAGAUUCUGGCUACCACUAGUGUUCCUAUUUGGCUCACAGAAGUGUCUGUGGAACCAAGAGUUAACCAGGCUCAGUACUUGGAGGAGAUCCUAAGGGAGGCUUUUUCACAUCCUGCUGUGGAAGGGAUCAUAAUGUUUGCAGGCCCUGCGUAUGCCGGCUUCAAUGCCACGGCUCUCACCGACAAAAGUUUCAACAACACGCUGGCUGGGGACACUGUGGACAACCUGAUCGAGGAAUGGAAAUCCCCUUAUUUCGAAGCCUGCACCAACGAUGGAGGAUUCUUUAGCACUUCACUGUUCCAUGGAGAGUAUGAGAUUACGAUAACCGACCCAGCCACAAAUUGCUCCUCCACUUCAUGAUUUGAAGUGACCAGAGAUAGCUCAGGGAGAACUUUCCAUUUUCAGAUUGGAUAAAUACUUAGCUGGAAGCUCCUAUAGAUAUCUGAGGAUAGUGGUUGAUGGUUGACAGAUAACUGCUUAUUAAGAUUAAUUAAGGAGGGCAAAAGCAAAAGGGUUCAAUAAAAAUGUCAGUAAUUAUUUGUAUGAAUAGUCAAUAGCAUGUAAUUUUGACCUAGAAGAUCAUGCUUAUUGAUGACAUACAAGUGAUUUUGCACCUCUAUGAGAAUGUGGAAAUUUCUCUCA